AAGAGCAAGACUUUAAUGACAAUAAUAUGAGUGAAUAUCGGCAAUCCAAUGAACCUCAAGUUUGGUCUAAAAAUAAUCAUCUAGAUUAUACUAAUAAUAAUGAUUCAACGCCACCAUUAAAGUUAGAGGGACAAGACUUCAAUGACAAUAAUAUGAGUGAAUAUUGGCAAUCCAAUGAACCUGAAAUUUGGUCUAAAAAUGAUUAUAUUAAUAAUAAUGAUUCAGCGCCACCGCCAUUAAAGCUAGAGGAACAAGACUUCAAUGACAAUGAUUUGAUCAAAAAUGGCCAAACAAACGAGCCUGAAUUUUGGUCUAAUAAUAAUCCUGGUUGUAAUAUACUAGAAAAUCAUCAAACAAAUGAAGCAGAACCGACGGACAAUUUUUAUUGGGAAAACAUUGAAAAGACCGAGAAUUUACAUUUAGCAAAUGAGAACAAACAAAAUCAGCAAACUAAAGACUUAUCAAAAGAAAAUCAUUUUAACAAAGAUUUUGGAUUUCAUGAAAGUAAUAUUAAUGACACAAAAAAUGACGAAUGUCUUAAAAGUGAACCAGGGGAAAGGAAAUUAUCAAUCGACGAUUCAUACAAUCAAAAAAUGCUUAAAUCUUUUACUUCUGGGCCUGAUAAUCCAAUUCAAAUGGAUUACGAACCAAUCGAAAGAAAACUUUGUGAAUUACCUGAAAUAUUAAAAAAUAGACCAUUGACGCAAAUAAUAGUUAAUGUUAAUAUAGACGAAAUAAAAGCAUUUAGCGCAAAUUUUGAUAUUGGUCUAUUAAUGUGGAUUAUUAUUAAAGAUGAUACCGCAAGUCAAGAUGUAAUAAUAUCAGAAAAUAUCCUUGAAUCACUUUUUGAAAUGGAUGCUCAAGAAUUUCGAAGAAUUACUGCAGAGGGUGAAACCAGUCGUAUU